UUCCCGUUCCCGCGGCGCAGGCGCAGAGCGGGCCCGGGGCAGCGAUGGCCGCGAUCUCGCUGGAGACCGUCCCCAAGGACCUGCGGCACCUGCGCGCCUGCCUGCUCUGCUCCCUCGUCAAGACCAUCGACCAGUUUGAGUAUGAUGGCUGUGACAACUGCGAGACUUAUCUGCAAAUGAAGGGUAACCGCGAGAUGGUCUAUGACUGCACCAGCUCCUCUUUCGAUGGGAUCAUUGCCAUGAUGAGCCCUGAGGACAGCUGGGUCUCCAAGUGGCAGCGGAUCAGUACCUUCAAGCCAGGUGUCUAUGCAGUGUCUGUGACCGGCCGCCUGCCACAAGGGAUUGUCCGAGAGCUGAAGAGCCGUGGCGUGGCCUACAAGUCUCGGGACACAGCCAUAAAAACAUGAAGGGCCCUUGUGCUGCCCGGAGAUCCCAGUGCUGCACGGAACAGGCAGUGGGCACUGCUCCAAAACCUGUCAGCUGAGUCUGCUGCCUCAGCUCCCCUCGCUCGGUACCUCUGGACUGUGCCACACUACAGACCACAGACUUUACCUGAGCCUUGACACGGGGGGAGGGUGUGAGUAGGGCUGGGAAGGGGUGUUCAGUCCUGAUGCCCAAGCUUUCUUACAGCUGGUGUGGGAAAGAGGGGAUUUGGGAAAUAGCUGAGUAAACACUUCAAUAAAACACUGCCUGGUCAGGGCUGGG